AUGAACCCACUGUCACAGCAGCAGCACAGUGUUGCGAGCAUCGGCAGUCUCCUCGGCGGACUGCAGGCACAGAAGGAUCACAGCACACAGUCCCACGGAACGUCCGGUCAAUCUAAUUCCGGCUUGCAGCAGGGACUAUCUGAUCUGCAUAACCCUGGUAGUGUUCCCGGACGGACACCAUAUACUCCGAACACAUUGACCACUCCCCUCCAUGAUCGAGACAGUGGAAUCCCUAAACCACAACUACAGUGA